UUGCCGUCACCAUGGUGCGCAUGAAUCUCCUGGCAGAUGCUCUCAAGAGUAUCAACAAUGCUGAGAAGAGAGGCAAACGCCAGGUCCUCAUCAGGCCAUGCUCCAAAGUCAUCGUUCGGUUCCUAACUGUGAUGAUGAAGCACGGUUACAUUGGUGAAUUUGAGAUCAUUGAUGAUCACAGAGCUGGGAAAAUUGUUGUGAACCUCACAGGCAGGUUGAACAAGUGUGGAGUGAUCAGCCCUAGAUUUGAUGUGCAACUUAAAGACCUAGAAAAAUGGCAGAACAAUCUGCUCCCAUCCCGUCAGUUUGGCUUCAUUGUACUGACAAUCUCAGCUGGCAUCAUGGACCAUGAAGAAGCAAGACAAAAACACACAGGAGGCAAAAUCCUGGGAUUUUUUUUUCUAGAGAUGUAAAGCAUAAAUAAAAAGCCUCCGUGGGAAAAAA